UCUUUUUCAAACAUCAGUUUGACAAGUGUUUAAUACACACGUGCCAAAAUUGUUUUAAAAUUAUAUAGUACGCAAAGUCACUCCACAAAAAUGGGUCAGUUUUCAGAGGAACAAAUCGAGAAAAUCGGCGAUCUCCUGAACGACCCGAAUAGACCGUUAAAAGAACGAUUUCGAGCCUUAUUCACAUUGAGAAACAUCGGUGGCCCGACUAGCAUAAAAUUCAUUGAAAAAUGCUUCGGCGACACCUCCGCACUCUUAAAACACGAAUUGGCUUAUUGUUUAGGUCAAAUGCAAGAUCCCGCCGCGAAUCCAGUACUGGUCAAAGUUUUAGAAAACACAACAGAAGAACCCAUGGUCAGACAUGAAGCAGCUGAAGCUCUGGGAGCCAUAGGUAGUCCCGACAGUUUAAAAGUCUUAGAGAAGUAUAAGGAAGAUAGUGUUGUGGAUGUUGCCGAAACUUGUGAAAUAGCUUUGGAUAGAAUAAAGUGGUUGCAAAAUCCUGAAAAUAAGAAUCUCACUCAAAACCCAUACAACUCUGUUGAUCCUGCACCACCAACUGAAACUAAAUCAGUGGAAGAACUUAAAAAAAUCCUAUUGAAUGACUCCUUACCAUUGUUUCAAAGGUACAGAGCAAUGUUUUCACUCAGGAACAUGAGAAACAAGGAAUCAGUAUUAGCUUUAGGUGAGGCUUUGGAGCAUGGCAGUGCUUUGUUCAGGCAUGAAGUGGCCUUUGUACUUGGACAACUACAGGAUGAAAAUGCAGUGCCUUAUUUGACUAAGUCACUGGAAAAUGUUGAGGAAAGUGCUAUGGUGAGACAUGAGUGUGCUGAAGCUUUAGGAGCUAUUGCUACAGAUGAGUGCAACAGGGUGUUGAAUAAGUAUUUAGAGGAUUCAGCUAGAGUUGUUAAGGAGAGUUGUGAGAUUGCUUUAGACAUGUGUGAAUAUGAAAAUAGUGAAGAAUUUCAGUACGCUAAUUCUUUGAAUAUUUCUGGUGAAAAAUAAUAUUUUAAAUUGUGAUGAUUUAUAUUAUAUUGUUAUAAUAAAUAUAUAUAUUUUUAUAUUGUU